AUGGCGGAUGCCCAAGUUCGAGUCCUCUCCACAAGUUUAGUUCAAGCAACGACAGUAACCACAGCUGAGCAGCAGCAGCAGCAGCAGCAGCAGAACAAGCUAUCCUUUUCAGAGAGGAUUCCCCUGACUCCAUGCGACCUGCGCCUCAUUCUGAUCGGCACCAUCCAAAAGGGCCUUCUCUUCCGCAAACCUCCCAAUCCCCAAAUCGAUCAAGCCACCUUCAUCCACAACUUGAAAUCCUCCUUCUCCCGUACUCUAUCCUUAUUCUACCCGCUCGCCGGCCGUCUUUCCGCCGACGAACACCCCGACGGCACUGCCUCUGUUUAUAUCGACUGCAACAACGCCGGAGCCCUGUUCGCUCACGCCGUGGCUGACGGCGUAGCCGUCGCAGACAUCCUCGAGCCUCUCUAUGUCCCACCGAUUCUCUGGUCCUUUUUCGCACUCAACUGGCUCCGAAGUUACCACGGUUUCAGCGAGCCGCUUUUCGCGGUUCAGGUGACGGAGCUCGCCGACGGGAUCUUCGUCGGCUGCACGAUUAGCCAUGCGGUGGCCGACGGAAGUACGCUCUGGAGGUUCGUGAAUUUCUGGUCCCAAAUCUGUCGCUCUGGUUACUCGGACGAGAUCUCCCGCUCCGAUCAAACUUUCACCAGGCACUGGUUUCUAGACGAGAAGCAUCUCCCAAUCAGGAUUCCGUGGACGAUGAUCAGAGAGCGGGUCUUCCACUUCACCCGCGAGAAACUCGCGGACCUCAAAUCACAAGCCCAAGCCGAAUCAUCCACCGAGAGAAUCUCGUCUCUGCAAACCCUAAUUUCCCACAUCUGGCGAGCCGUGAUUCGGAAUCGAAACAAUCCAGAUCCAGACCGGGAGACGCGAUUCGAACUCGCAGUCGGCCUUCGCUCGCGCCUGGAGCCGAAAUUCCCCGAGAAUUACCUGGGGAACGCCAUGGUGAUCCGCUUCGUCGUCCUGAAGGAGAGGGAUCUGCUGCUGCUGGAGGGGGAGAAGGGGCUGGGACACGUGGCGGCGGCGGUGAACCGAGUGGUGGCUGGGCAGGGGGAGGAGAAGAUGAUGGAAGAGCUGGAGGCUUGGAUCGAGAACCCACGGAUCUCGGGGUUGGCCAGGCUGGCGAAGGAGACGCUGUUGCUGAGUAGCUCGCCGAGGUACGACGUGUACGGGAACGAUUUCGGGUGGGGGAAGCCGGUGGCGGUGAGGAGUGGGGCCGGGAACAAGUUCGACGGGAAGGUGACGGUGUUUACCGGGGUGGAAGCAGGGAGUAUGGACGUCGAGAUUUGUUUGUCGCCGGAGACAUUGGAGCGUCUCGGCGGUGAUCAGGAGUUCAUGGCCGCUGUCGGCGUUUGA